AUGGUUGCGCUCCUGUCAGCAGCAAAACAUGAAAAAAGUGGUCUCGACGAAUGGGAGGACAAGGCUGAGACCGAGCUCCCACCCAAUCUUAUAAUGAACCUAGGACCAUACAACAGGGUCUGGAAAUUACUCCUCCUGACGGUUGUUGGCAGCUUGCUUCAGUCCAGCAUAGUGAUACUCACUGCACUUACCGCUUUCUACUGUCCAGUGAGACAGCAUUUCUUUGCUCGUGCGAAAUCUGCUUACGGCAUAGCAGCUCCUACACUUGUAUGGGCUGGGACGUUGUUCCUGACUUGUGGUCUCAUAUACACCGCAAAAACGAUCGACACAUCGGCUCGGGUUGACAUCUGGAAACCGACUAAAGAAGGCGUAAUGGUGAUCUGGAAACAAGACAAGAAGGACUUCGAGGAAAUACACACUGAGCGUUACGUAAUUGGGAAGGUGAUCAAGAAGGAGCUUAUUUCGACCCAUCGACGCCUUCGAACCCGUCCAUCGACCUCUCAUCCAGUUUUAGUGGCAUUUGUUCUUACCAUCGGCUUCGUAUCACAAAGUGUUGGAAUUUUUUUGAUGCAUUGGCCGCUCCAGGCUCUCCAACUUUUAUCGAUGAUUAUCAUGUUUCUCGGUCGCUGCUACGUUCGUAGCCAAGAGCCACCUGACUUUGUUCAGAAACUCGAUCAUGAUAUUUCCCACAGGGAUUUGCUUGAACUUGCGCAAAAAUGGCGCCGCCAGAGACUCCGUUCGGAACACGAAAGAAAUUGA